AUGGAUCUCCAACAAGAAAACGACUCAGAACAGAAUCUGGCAAAGGACUCCAGGAGACAGCAAAGGAAAGGCAAGGGCAUGAAAAGCUCCAUUUUACAAACUGAACAGCAAAUAUCCUCUGUGGGAAUAAAGAUUGAAAAUGCUUGUCAAGAUCUUCAAUGGAACAACAGGGAUGACCACUGCAAAGAUUCCCCAUCUCCUCCAGAGAAGCUCAUUGCUGGGAUCCUGGGAGUCACCUGCCUUAUCUUAUACAUUUUAGUAAGAACGAUUCUCUUGCAUAAUCUUUCUCCAGCAUAUCCUUGUGGUCAUUGUCCGCCGGAGUGGAUAAGGUAUUCCAACAAUUGCUACUACAUCAGUACUGAACAAAAGACAUGGACUGAGAGUUGGAUGGCCUGUGCUGCUAAGAACUCUAACCUGCUCUAUGUAGAUAAUGAAGAGGAAAUGAAUUUUUUGAACAUUUUCAAUAAGUCUCCAUGGAUUGGACUUUCCCACAGAAAUAAUAAUUCCUGGGCGUGGAAAAAUGGCUCAAUGUUAUCUUUCAAAAAGUCUUCAAAAACUUCAAAGCUGGAGAAUUGUGCAUUUGGGGAUUUUGACACACAGAAGGUGUAUUUUGUAUCCUGUUUAGAAAACAGAUCGUAUGUUUGUAAGCACCAGGCACAUUAG